AUGCUGUUCAGCACCGCACGGAGCGAAAGACAUCUACACGUCUCAGCAGGUGGCCUAGUACGAUGGCUACGGAAAAGAGGCAUCACAGCGGACGCAGACGGACUAUUGGGACCAAACGAGCUCAAGAUCAAGUUGCGGCGCAAGGCCCGAAAGGCGAAGCUUCUGGGCCACUCUGGUGCGGCGCCGGGUGGUGACGACGGCAUCAGUACACGCUGGAUCUGCGUGAACCUUGGCACAUUGGGCUACUCCGUCGAGGAGACAGAGAUGGAAAGUGGCGAUGGCAGAUUCUCUGGUUUCGGGACACCAAGGCUGGGCACAACUGUGGUUGUACAGAUCUUCACGGAUGCGAAGAGGAAAGAGCUUGAUUUGGAGACACUCUGGUCGCGCAUCUUGAAGCGGAGCGGGAAUGCUCAAAUUCUGGAUGAUUUGGAAUAUCCUGAUUUGGGUUCUGAGGACUUGCCUUCAUCAACUAUCGGGACGGCCAGUAGAGACCUCUCUUCACCCAGUCAACGCCGUUUCUUUUCCACGUCAAUCCGUCAAUCCGCUUCAGUGAACACUUCCCACGGCUCCCUCGCAGACCAGGUAACUGAAACUCCCUCUGGCGGCGCCGACAUCUCCCGAGUUAACGAACCUGUAGCCCAUGAUGUUGGCCGAGAAAACACAGUCCUCGACGGGUUAGAGACACAUCUCUCUAGCCUCUCUCGCGAGCAAGCCAUCCAGGAACUAGAGGCCCUGCAGUUCUCUGAAUCUCACCCCUCGGAAUUUAUGUCCUCGUGGAGGCUUGCUGUGGAAGCACUGCCGUCUACACAAAGCUGGCGGCAUCGACUCUCACUUCACGUCGCCGGUCAAAGGUUGGGAGCUCGCGGCUAUACUCUCUCUGGACUACGUGACCUGGUUAAGGAGAUGCAGCUCUCUGGCAUUCAAGCUACUAGGCAGCAAUACGUGACUGUCUUGCAAGCAAUCUACUACAAUCCUAACGGCGGGGCACAAUUAAAGGAACAAUCAGAGCUGGCCCUGAGUUUCCUGGAAACAUUAUAUGCACGCGGUGAAGCAGUCAUUGCCCACGAUGUCAUCGUCGGAGUACUGGAGGCAUUAAUCCGCUCGGGUGCGAAGGAUGACGAGACCAUGAAGCUUCGAUCUACUCUCGAGAACCUCAUGGUCGAAGCGCAACUUCCGUACAUGGGCGAGGCACUGCUCAUGAGACUGUUGCAUGCGUAUGCUAGUGAAGGAAACUGGGACAAGUUCUGGGACACGUGGCGCAUGCCACCUAGAUUCCGGGUGGCUAGGUCCGCCGAGGCGUACUUGUACAUAUACACGCUGAUGGCACGAUCAAGACACCAGAGCCGUUGCAUCGAUACGGUGCGCUGGUGCUUUCAGGAGAUGCUGAACGAGGACCCACCCGUCCGGCCUGAGGGAGAUGUGCUAGUAGCGUUAAGGGAGUGCAUCCGAAUUGCAGACCCCCGUGCGGAACAAGUUGCGAAGACGGUCGUUGUCAAGGAUGAAGAGUCGCAAAACGCCGCUAACCGAGAGUUUGUCAGGCUGACUAGACUCUUGGAUAGCAGUCACUUUUGA